UUUGGAGAACAUUCGCUUUUUUUUGACCCUUGUGAGACACUAUAGUUUGAAGGGUAGCCACGUGAUCCCCAUGUCUGCGCCCACUGCAGCAUGUUCCGUCCCGGCUCUAGCUGUAUGAAGAUUACAUAUUAAAAAUGUACUGCUAUUCUACUGAAUGAAACAAGAAGUUUGAUACUUUCACUUAUAAGUUAUAAGUAAGAUGAAUGCAAAGGCAUCUUUACGUUUGGUUUGCACACUUAGGCCUUUAUGUGAUUUGGCAGUGGGCAUAAGAAUUCCAGUAUUUAUAAGACAAAACUGUACAAAGGCUAGACUGGUGAAAGCUGUUAAGCAGCAUGCAAAUUUACCUGCAAGAACUUGUCAGUCCAUCAGAUUUUUAAGUCAAGAGACCCCAGCUUGUUCAGAUGAAAAGACAGCUCAGCCUGAUGUUUCUGUCAAUUUGACAAGAGACACUGCCACUCAGAUUAAAACCAAAAUAGACUUUAAUGAUGGAAGUCCUUUAGCAGAUGAUGAGAGUCUUAAGCAAGAGUGGGUUCCCUCUAGGGCACCAGAAGGAAGUUAUGCUGAGCUCCUCUCUGCUCUAAAGAGAUGCAUGUCCCCUUCUGAUGUGCUUGAGCUGUGCAGCAGUACGUCCAUGAAUGUGAAACAGAUCAGCAACUGUUUCACAACUAUGUGGGAAACAGCAAAGAGGAUCAGGACAGGACAAAGACGUUAUGAGAGGCAACUCAUGCUGGAACACCCAAACUUUGAAAACUUGUGCCGUUUGACAAUAAAUGCAGCCAAUAGGAUGAGACCUGAAGAUUUGGUAUAUACUCUGCAUGCGGUGGUGAAACUAGAGAUAAGUCAACGCUCGAGGUUGGUUCAGACCUUGCUGAGAGUUUGCCAGGAGCAUCUCAAUGAGUUUGAAGAAAGAGAAGUCUCUGUUUUGGCUAGUGCAUUGGAAUGCAUGGAUAGCUGUAGAAAUGUGGAUGCUUUGAGAUCAGGUCUACGAAUGCUGGUUGAGUUGCGAAUGCCUGAAAUCAAAGGAAUCCUACCACUGCAGACUAUGAUGAGAGCUAUAGGGAGAGAUGCCCCAUUACCACUAAAAAAAAAAUUGGAGAGGAAAGCUUUAGAGAUGUUGGAUGAGUUCUCACUUCCAAAUUGCCAACACAUGUUUACCACGCUUGCCACAAUUAACCUGCGCUCUCUACCCCUCCUGGAUGCCUGCAGCCAUAAAAUCAUAAAUGAUAUGGAUGGCACACCCUUCUGGAGGUUGAUCCAUGUUUUACAGGCUUGCCGGGAGCUUUCUUACCGUAAUGAAGGUUUACUGACUGCUAUAGGAGAUUAUAUCGUGGGCACUCUGUAUAUGUGGCAAACUAAGCAGGUGACACUUAUCAUUUCCAUGCUAGAAAAUUUAGGUUUCCGGCAUGUCCCUUUGUUAGAUGUCUUCUCAGAAAAAGUGAUUCAAAACCCUGAGUCAUUGACUUUUAAAGAUUUAUUGAUCACUGUUAAAGCAUAUUCACUUUUGAACCACCUGCCAGAAGGGAAGAGUCAGCAAUUCUUGAAAGCUCUGAAUAUGUCUCUGGAGUUCUAUCUACCUCGGAUUCCUCCAGUGGAGCUUCUCAGAGUGGUAUAUUCCUUCUGCAUAUUGGAAUACUUCCCUCAGCAACCACUGGACAAACUUCUUCAGGAGGACAUUCUUAAGGAUUUGUUGACUUCAGAAAAACACAAUGUGGAAAUAAAUGAGCGAAUGUUACACAGUAUUAAUCUGUGUUUGGAAUUCGACAAGCCAUCUGUUACCAGAUCUACAGUGCCCCUGGGAAAGACAUCUAGUACCAGCUUUACCACACAGCCUGAACUUCAAACUGCCUUGCAUGCCAUUGUGGGUGAUCCUAGUCUUAUGCAGUACAAUGUCCAUUUACCAAAUGACUACUACAUUGAUUUUAUAUUUGAUCUUGAUACAAAGCAGAACAUUGUGGUUCCUGUAACAGCCUCACAGAUGGCUGAUAAACCACUACAUGUUGAAAGGGUAGCUGUGCUGUGUGCAUCUAUGUCAUCCUUUGCUUUGGGGACCCUUCAUCCUUUAGGAAAGCUGGCAAUGAAAAUAAGGCAUCUCAAGACUCUUGGUUACAAAGUUGUAUUGGUCCCUCUGCAUGAGUUUGGAAAGUUAAAUGUGACGGAGAGAAUACAGUUCCUUAAUAGCCGGAUUUUCAUUGGAAAGUCCUCUGCUGAUGAAGAGCCUGAGAUGACAGAGACAGAAAGAAAUGAGGAAAUAAGCAACCAGAACCCUAAUAUAUAAUGUCUAAAAUUAAUUUAUUCAUUUUAAAACCAAGUUGUUGGUUAAUGGUGAAGCUUUUUUAUGCUCAGUGUUUUUUUAUACCUCUGGUAAACUGAAGUAAUUUAGAGCAAAACUGGGAAUUCACUGUAACUGAAUCUCAUUAUGUAGGCUGAAGAUUGUUACAUCAGAGUGCAUAUAAUGGAUACAUUCAUUAAAUUUUUAGCAAUAUGCAGAGGGUAAGUGACAUCAACACAAUGAGAUGGACAAAUAAAUCUCUUUUUUUUUAAAUGGAAAUUAAAAUUUCUAAAAUAA